AUGGGAAUCCUCGAUAUCAUCCUCGCCGUCUGCACCUCGUCGGUCAUACUUUUCGAGCCCAUCCAUGCUGUCUACAUUCCAGGUCCCAACGACGCGCAUGCAUACAAGUCCGCUGUCGCCAACUUCCUACUGACUAACGCCGCAAAACAAGACCUCGCAGUGAGCCUCUUCGUGCCAGUGAAGAAGGCAGACUGCACCUCCGAGUGCGACAAGCUUUACAUGACGGCUGACACUGCGCGCGCCUCGGAUGCGCAGUUCUUUAGCAACACCAGCAGCGGGGUCUUCGAGAAGAUGAAGUACAAGGCCUGCUGCGGCGGAAGCAAGACCAUCGACGCAUCCAAAUACCCUAUUGUCUUCAUGGAACCUCAAGCUGGUACUAGCAGGUCCUUAUACAGCACACUAGCCCGUUUCAUGAGCGCAAACGGUAUGGCUGUUGCUCUCAUCGACCACCCGCACGAGUCCUCAAUCAGCGGCCCAGCAGCUCUGAACCCAUUCACAGAUCUCAAGAGCUGGAAUGAGACUGUCACAAAGACAGUCGAUACGCGUAUCCAGGACAUCGACCUUGUGUUGCAGGAGCUUAACGACGUUUCUCUGCUGCAGCGCCAGUUCCCCUUCCUUAAGUUCAACGCCACCUUCGACACCAGCUCUUACGCCAUUAUUGGUCACGGUAUCGGCGGUACGACUGCGACGACACUCAGCGCUAUUGACCCACGUGUCCGCUUCUCGAUUAACCUUUCUGGCAGCGCACCGCUUCUGCAGAACCCCACCUACGCAAGCAUCUACUUCUUUGGACGCUCCGACUUCCGCCGCGAGAACGAUAUUCACUGGCCCAACACUUGGAAGUAUCUCGCUGGUAGGGCGACCGAGUGGGAUCUCAAAGACGCCAGCAUCUUUGAUUUCUCAGACUUGCCUUGGGUUGUUGACCUGGCGCGCAAGGAUGAGAACAUCCCAAUCGAGGAAGUGAAGGGACUGCGAGAGUCAUUGGGUCCUUCCGGUUUUCAUGCCAACGUUUGCUACUUGGAGGCGUACCUCAAGGUUGAGAUGACAGAGCCUAAGUAUGGUUAUGUUGGAGGCUGCCUUCGCAUCUUCGACCAGAUGCAGCCGUACCCGGGAGAUGUUCAAUAG